UCUUGACAGUCGAGAGUAGCUCUCAGUUUGUCAGCCGGUUUCACACAAACAAGUCUCACCUUGAAAACAGGGAGGCAGGAACGGAUCCUUUGAGAAUGUCGAGCACGCUGGUUGUGUGUGAAGUGGAUGAGAGUCUGAAAGCUAAACUGAGAAAGUUUAGAUUUCGAAAAGAGACCAACAAUGCUGCCAUACUAAUGAAAAUAGACAAGGAGAAACAGAUGGUUAUCCUUGAAAAGGAAUAUGAGGACAUCUCACUGGAUGAGUUGAGAGAUGAACUCCCAGAGCGGCAACCCAGAUUCAUGGUCUACAGCUACAAAUAUGUCCAUGCUGAUGGAAGGGUGUCUUACCCUCUGUGUUUCAUAUUCUCCAGUCCAGUGGGAUGUAAGCCAGAGCAACAGAUGAUGUAUGCAGGCAGCAAGAAUCGACUGGUGCAAGCUGCAGAGCUCACAAAGGUCUUUGAAACCAGAAAUACUGAUGACUUGACAGAAGAAUGGCUGAGGAACCAGUUGGGAUUUUUUGGCUGAAUAUGCAGUCCUAUCAGUCCGUUUCUUUGUUCAUUGAUUGUAGUUUGCAAUUUAUGUGCUCACUAUUAAAUGAUUUACUCUGAAUGAAA